GUGUGUGUGUGUGUGUGUCCAGCAGUCCAGCCCUGACCGGCAGCUUCUCCGUCUCACGUUCACAUGUAGCGUUUGGAUCAAUACGUUUCCUGCCGUCUGUGGACGUCACCCGCUGGGAGAAGGCCAGCAGAGCGUGAAGUCGACCUCUGUCACCUCCUGCUGGAACGUCUGGAACAUGGUACACGUCCAGAGGGUACAGAAGAAGACCAGCACCAUGUCUCUGACCAUCUCCUCCUGCUCCUCGACUGCGUCCUCCUCUCGAGAUCAUUUCUCCUGCUCCCCCUCGUCUUCCUCCUCCUCGUCCUCAAACCUCCUCACUCAGAAACACUCCAGCCUGGUGCAGCCCCUGUGUGUCAGUCCUCAGAGGACUCAGAGUCCUGUCUACACUCAGCCUGCAGGGGGCGGUGUGGCUCCAACAUUCGUCAAGUGUCUGCACGAUGUGACAACACUGAAGGGUCAGCUGGUGGUCUUGGAGUGCAGACUGAGGGGCCCCCCACCUCUGCAGGUCAUGUGGUACAGAGAGGAGGAGAAAAUACUGGACUCAGACGAUUUCAGGAUUCUCCGCAAGAAGGCCAGUUCUGCCCCAGUGCCAGAGGAGCUGUGUACCCUGGUGAUCACUGAGGCUUUUCCAGAAGAUUCCGGCCUGUUCAAAUGUGUGGCUAUCAACCCCUUUGGUACAGUGUCGUGCUGUGCUGCCCUGGAGGUUUACCACGACAUGGAAGAGCAGUUGGAGAUGGAGGCUGUUCAUCAGCAAAAAAUGGUUUCUGCCCAAGAAGACGUGGAGGACAUGUUCCAUCCAGGCACCUCCGGCAGACAGAGCUGCGAGGACUCGCCCCCCCCGUUCUCUGACUCCAUGAACCCGGAUCCUCCUGAUUGGCCUGACGUGUGCGUGGACGACGACGUCACUGCUGCCGUGUUUCCAUCACCUCAGCUGUCCACUCGCUGCUCUGAAGGUCCACCGUUCCACCACCACCACCACCACCACCUCCAGCCAAGCUGUUCACCCCGAGCAAGAUCACUUUCACUACUCACGUAG